UUUUGUAACACUAGCUUUUGAGCCCGCGCGAAGCGUGAAUCAGAUUAGAUUUUAGAUCAAUAACAAUGAAUCCUGUGCCAUUGCAUAGUCCUUUCUUGGUAUUAAAAUUCCUUAAUAGAAUAAUUAUAGCACUUAUUUUUAUUUUGAGUCGAUGAACUGGCGUUCCACAGGGUGUCACGGAUUUUAAAAACUCAGUCGAGAAAUUCUUCUCCGAAAAAUUUGCAACAUUUUGUACCGAUUUCACAAAAAUCGGACCAUAAUCUCCUUGUACAUGGAGACCUCGAAACUGAUUUUGAAAUUUUUUUAUUUUUUUCGGUAUUUUGUCUUUUUUUUCUUCUCUAAGCUAUCAAUGAGUGCGUUCCGGCAAGACACUGCUACCGUAGCGCUACAGCUUUUUCUCUACAAUUGUAGCGGUGCCAUAUAUACAUUAGCGUGCAUAACCACAAAAUUGAAUUGUAAGAGUCGCGUUUACCAAUUAAUUGAAACGAAUAGAAUGGAAAAUAUUGAAGAUUUGCUCAUGAAUGACAUAUUGUUCGAUGAUUCAUCAGAUGAAAGCAACGUUAAACAGGAAGAAGUUCCGUUACAGUUGUAGCGGUACGUUUUGCCGAAACGCACUCGUGUAGCGCUACCGUAGCGCUACGGUAGCAGUGUCUUGCCGGAACGCACUCAUUUUCACACCACCAUGGCUGCGUUCAGAAAUCCUACUCGUUGGGUAGAGUAGAGUUGAGUAUGGUUGAAUGUAAACUCUACCCAGAGUGAUAUCUAAUCAAGCGACUUUCCGAACGUACAAGGUAAAGAACAAUGUAUAUAACAAUGGCGGAACAAAGAGUUCGGCGAAAUAGAAUAUUAUCUUUUGUAGUAACAUGUGAUCAUAAAUUACGACAUGUAUUGAUGAGUGUUAUAAAUAAAAUUGAUAAUACUGAAAGUGACGAUGAUAACUUUGAGGAGGCCUUUUUAAUCAAAGAUAUUCGGCGAAUCCGAGGGCAACGGCGAAAGCCUGCGCGUAUAGCAGGUUAUGUUGAAAAUGUAAUUCCACGUUACACUGGACAACAAUUUCGACAUCAUUUUCGAAUGACACCUCAAGUUUUUGAAACCCUAGAAAAUCGUCUAGGGCGGUUAUUAGAUGACGUCGACAGGUUAGGACGUCCAAUGACGCCUGUGCGUAUACAAUUGUUGUCAACAAUCUGGCUUCUUGGUACGCCAGAUUCUUUUAGAUCUGUGGGCGAAAAGUUUGACUUAGGCAAGUCUUCUCUAAAUGACUGUGUGCGUCGUGUUGUUAAAGCAUUAAACAGCAUUGCUGAUGAAGUCAUUAAAUGGCCCAAAGGUCCACAAUUAGCAGUUUCUAAGGACAAAUUCAGUUGUCUCGGUGAUGCUCCUUUGCCUGGUAUAAUCGGAGCUGUUGAUGGUUCUUAUGUAUAUAUAAAGAAACCAAAUCUUCAGGAAGCUGCUAUUCACUACAAGUGUCGAAAAUUACAGUAUGCUGUAGUUCUUCAAGCAAUCUGUGAUACAGAUUUAAUCUUCAUAGAUUGUUUUACGGGUUACCCAGGAUCAGUAGGAGACUACCGAAUUUUUCGCAAUUCAGACCUGUACAGAGAAGUUCAAAGAGAUCUCCCUGCCUUUUUUCCUGAUGGGGAAUACAUUGUUGGUGAUAAGGCAUAUCCUGUUUUGACUUGGUGUAUUCCUCCUUUUCGAGAUAAUGGACGUCUUACACAAGGGCAGAAGACUUUUAAUAAAGUAAUAUCUCAAAAACGGCAAGUUAUAGAGAGGUCAUUCGCUCUUUUAAAGGGGAGAUUCAGGCGCUUAAAGUUUCUUGAUAUGUCUCGUAUCGACUUGAUACCAUUUUUUAUUAUAGCUGCUUGUACCCUUCACAACGUAUGCCUACUAGAAGGCAUGUAAUGAUGAUAUAGAGGACUUCAUAGAAGAAGGAAGAGAGCCACAAGAGGAAGUAUAUUAUGAUGAGAGAGAAAAUGAAGAGUACCAUGUUGGAAGACAUGAGUUUACUGAUGGUGAAACUAAGCGUAACUAUCUGUGUCUUCGAGUUGCUGGAAGACAGUAGCCUAUAUAAGAAAGAACAAUGUAAAAAGUGUAGAUAAAAAUA